UCUUUAAAUCCUUUAAAGGCACAUUUAACACCAGCUACCAAGCUGUCAUACUUGCCAACUUGUUCUUCUCCUCACUUGAUUCUCUCUCUCUCUCUCUCUCUCUCUCAUGCUAAUUGUCAAAAUCCAUGGCUUCCAAUCUCUUGAGCAAUUUCCAAGAAAUAAACUUCUCAAGCUCUUCUUCUCCAUCUUCUUCUACAGGCAAAAGCUCGAGCUCAAGCCUUAGCCAUGGCCGAGCAAUUGAUCGCUAUUCUCCUCAUCUGAGAGACCCACUGAGAGAGAAAUACUUCUCCAGAUUUCAUUCCAAAGCCAAUAAAGCCUGUAACCAGAAGAACAGGAAGAACACAGAGAAAUCCCCCCAAAUAGUCAGCCCUGCAACUUCUUCUCGCUAUCUACUGAAUGAUGUGCCAGUAGCCAUUGAUGACUUCUCUGAUACAGAAAGCUUUACUCCUAUGAUUUCCAUGGAAGAAUUGAGGUUUGACUAUAUGAAAGGUGAGGCUUUGACUUUCAUGGAAUCACCUUCUCCUCCUCCUCCUGUAAGGCAGAGAGAUCAGGUUGUGGUUUUGAAGGUGUCUCUGCACUGCAAGGGCUGUGAAGGGAAGGUCAGAAAGCACAUCUCCAAGAUGAAAGGAGUGACAUCAUUUACUACUGAUCUUGCAACAAAGAAGGUGACUGUGAUUGGAGAUCUGACGCCUCUCAGUGUGCUCAACAGUAUUUCCAAGGUGAAGAAAGCUCAGUUCUGGUCAUCUCCUUGAUUAUCUAAAAGCUAUUUUACCCUUAAAAAAAAUUAUAUCAUAAUAUUUUGAUAAAAUUAAUCAGGAUAAAUUUCAAAAAAUUGAAAUUUAUUUUGAGAUUAAUAUAAUAAUAAUUAUUAUUUUUAAAUGAAGACUUCGACUU